AUGUCUCCUCGCGUCUGGCUCAUUACUGGAACGUCCUCCGGUCUAGGCACUGAACUUGUCAAAGCAGUAUUAGCACGCGGAGAUAAUGUCAUUGCAACCGCUCGCAAUGCCGACCGAAUCGCCCAUCUAAAGGAUAUCGGCGCUGCAACCAUGCAGUUGGAUGUCACUGUGUCUCAAAGCGAGCUGGAUCGCAAGGCUGAAGAAGCUAUUGAAGUGUACGGGAGAGUGGAUGUGCUCGUAAACAAUGCUGGAUACACACAAUUUGGAACCGUCGAGGAAACCACCCACGAUGAUUGGUACGCGCAGUUCAAUACGAAUGUCUUCGGCACCCUCAACACAACAAGGUCAUUUCUUCCGCAUAUGCGAGCAGAAAAGGCUGGCACUGUGGUUUUUAUCGGGUCUAUGGUAGCGUGGGAUGGGGCACCCACUGUCGGACCAUACUGUGCUUCAAAGGCCGCGAUACACUAUGCCGCCGAGUCGCUAUCUCGAGAAGUCGCCCCUCUCGGGAUUAAGACUCUCUUGGUGGAACCUGGCACAUUCCGCACUGAGCUUUUGAGUCAACAGAAUAAGAAGUCUGGGGUAACCAAGUUCGAUGACUACAAGGCUCUAAACGAGUCGUUCGAGAGCAUCUUCAGGAACUUGAACGGGAACCAGGCUGGUGAUGCGAGGAAGGGUGUCGAGCGCAUUGUUGAUGUUGUCAAAGGUGAAAACGACGCAGCUGAAAAGGAGUGGCCUAUGGAAUUGGUUAUUGGGUCUGAUGCUGUGGCGGGCAUUAGGAAGAAGUGUGAGGACACCCUGCGACUGUUGGCGGAGUGGGAGGAGGUCUCUAAGUCGACCGAUCUGUAG